UGCACGUUUCACGUCUUCCCUCCAGGCUGGCAGCCGUCAGCAUACUAGCAUAGCAUUGCUGGAAGGGAAAUCCCAACCAACACUUGGGUCAGUUUUCUUCAUCGUCGCUGCUUAAUAACUAUCGCCGUCACCCAAAGCUUUACUCUCUCAACUCGUCACUCAUCUAUUGAAGAAGAAUGUGGAAGCUGAAGAUCGCGGAAGGAGGGAGCCCAUGGCUGCGGACGCUGAACGGCCACGUCGGCCGUCAGGUUUGGGAGUUCGAUCCGAGCCUCGGCAGUCCGGAAGAGCUGCAGGAGAUCGAAAAGUUUCGGGAGAACUUUCGCAACAACCGAUUCAAACAGAAGCACAGUUGUGAUCUUCUAAUGCGUUAUCAGUUUGCCAAGGAGAACCCCAUAAGCACACAGUUACCGCAAGUAACAGUCAAGGACAGUGAAGAUGUUACACAAGAUAAAGUAACUACCACACUGAAAAGGGCGCUGACUUUCUAUUCGACUAUACAAGCUCAUGAUGGUCACUGGCCAGGAGACUAUGGAGGCCCCAUGUUUCUUUUGCCUGGCUUGGUAAUUGCUCUUUCUGUUACUGGGGCAUUGAAUACAGUGUUAUCAAAAGAACAUAGACAUGAGAUGUGCCGUUAUCUUUACAAUCAUCAGAAUAGUGAUGGUGGCUGGGGUUUGCAUAUUGAAAGCCAUAGUACCAUGUUUGGUUCGGUCUUGAGUUACGUUACGUUGAGGUUGCUUGGAGAAGGAGCUAAUGAUGGAGAUGGAGCAAUGGAGAAGGGUCGAAAAUGGAUUUUGGAUCAUGGUGGUGCUACUCAUAUAACAUCAUGGGGGAAAAUGUGGCUUGCAGUGCUUGGAGUAUUUGAAUGGUCUGGAAAUAACCCACUUCCUCCAGAGAUAUGGCUCCUUCCCUAUAUUCUUCCCGUCCAUCCAGGAAGAAUGUGGUGCCACUGCAGGAUGGUUUAUCUGCCUAUGUCCUACUUGUAUGGCAAAAGGUUUGUUGGUCCUGUUACACCAACAGUUUUAUCUCUAAGGAAGGAGUUGUUCCCAAUUCCUUAUCAUGAAAUUAACUGGAACCAGGCACGGAACCAAUGUGCAAAGGAAGAUCUCUUUUACCCUCACCCUCUAGUACAGGACAUACUGUGGGCUACACUUGAUAAGGUUGUUGAACCUCUUUUGAUGCGUUGGCCUGGGAAAAAAUUAAGAGAUAAUGCUCUUCGCACUGUGAUGGAACACAUACAUUAUGAAGAUGAAAAUACUCGGUACAUAUGCAUAGGUCCUGUAAACAAGAUAUUAAAUAUGCUUUGCUGCUGGGUUGAGGAUCCUAAUUCAGAGGCCUUCAAAUUGCAUCUGCCAAGAAUCUAUGAUUAUAUCUGGGUUGCUGAAGAUGGCAUGAAAAUGCAGGGAUAUAAUGGCAGCCAAUCAUGGGACACUUCAUUUGCUGUCCAAGCAAUCAUUUCCACGAACCUUACUAAAGAAUAUGGUAAAACUUUGAGAAAAGCGCAUGAAUUCAUAAAGAACUCACAGGUCUUAGAUGACUGCCCGGGAAAUCUUGAUAGUUGGUAUCGUCAUAUCUCAAAAGGUGCUUGGCCUUUCUCAACUGCAGAUCAUGGAUGGCCCAUAUCAGAUUGUACUGCUGAGGGAUUAAAAGCAUCACUGUCAUUAUUAAAAUUACCACAAGAAAUUGUUGGGGAGCCAUUAGACACCAAGCGAUUAUAUGAUGCUGUAAAUGUUAUACUCUCAUUACAGAACCCUGAGGGUGGCUAUGCAACCUAUGAACUUACAAGAUCAUAUCCAUGGUUGGAGCUAAUCAACCCGGCUGAGACUUUUGGUGAUAUUGUGAUUGAUUACCCGUAUGUUGAGUGCACUUCAGCUUCUAUUCAAGGGCUGACAGCAUUUAAGAAAUUAUACCCUGGGCAUAGAAGGGAAGAAGUGGAGAAUUCAAUUGAAAAAGCUGCUAAGUUCAUUGAAAAGAUACAAAAACCAGAUGGCUCAUGGUAUGGCUCUUGGGGUGUUUGUUUCACGUAUGGCACAUGGUUUGGGGUAGGGGGCCUGGUGGCUGCUGGAAGGAACUUUAACAAUUCUUCCAGCAUUCGCAAGGCUUGUGAGUUUCUGUUGUCCAAGCAACUUCCUUCUGGUGGCUGGGGAGAGAGUUACCUAUCUAGUAGUAAAGUGGUUUAUACAAAUAUUGAAGGCAACAGAUCUCAUGUAGUACAUACGGCAUGGGCUAUGCUGUCUCUCAUUGUUGCUGGACAGGCUGCGAGGGAUCCAACUCCAUUACAUCGUGCAGCAAAGUUAUUAAUAAAUUCUCAGUUGGAAAAUGGAGAUUUCCCUCAACAGGAAAUAGUAGGGGUCUUCAACAAGAACUGCAUGAUAUCAUAUUCUGCAUAUAGGAAUAUUUUCCCAAUUUGGGCCUUGGGAGAAUACUGCCAUCGGGUACUGAAUGCCAGUGAGUAGAAGUUGCUGCCGCAAUUAACUAUGGUAGAUUGGUACCAUCUGUUAAUCCCUUAUUUUGUUCCCUCCGGAAUAUUUGCUUUCAAAUUUUUAGUUUUUGUUAGGUUUCUCUGUAUUCAGAAGCCAGAGAUUAUUCCAACAACUUUAGUGUAAAUCAUUAGAGUUUUAUUUUAUUACUCUCUCAUUUUAAAUGUCAGAUUUAUUGUUUUGUUUAUU